UGAUUAAAAAAAAAAGGUUUGAAAUGGUGCCCUUUCAGCCUAGGUUAAGCCCUUUUCUCUUCAAUUCUUUGUUUUAGGCUUUUAGCCAUUCAUCUCACUCUCCCUUAUUACACAGUGAAUAAAAUCCACCCUUUCUCUGCCAUUCUUCUCUCCCACUUCAAGUGGUGAUGAUGAUGUCCAUGGCAAUGGCAUUGAAGCAACAAAGAGUUUUAAUGGCUAUUUCUUCUCCUUCAGCUUCAACCCUUCUUGGGUUUCACUCUCAGAGAAGCCAAGCUGAAACGGGUAUGAUUUUCUUUCUUCAUACUUCCAGUAGUAGAAGUGGUAGGCCAAAGUACCAGAAGGGAUGCUCUUUUACAAACAUUGAAGAUGCCUUGUGUUGCUUUAAUCACAUGGUUCAUAUGCAUCCCCUGCCUCGUAUUAUCGAAUUUAAUGAUUUUUUAUCAGCUCUUGUCAGAAUCAAACAUUAUGGGACUGUGCUUUAUUUGUCCAAACAAAUUGAAUUGCUGCAGAUCGAACGUGAUGUGUGUCAUUUUAGCAUUUUGAUUAAUUGCUUCUGUCGCUUGCAACGCGUGGAUUUUGGGUUCUCUGUCUUGGGGAAAAUCAUUAAGCUUGGUUUUGAACCCAGUGUUAUGGUUUUUUCUACUUUAAUUAACGGGCUUUGUAUUAAGGGUAAAAUUGCUCGUGCUGUGGAAUUUUUUGAUGAGAUGGUGGAAAGAGGCUAUCCACCUAAUCUACAUACAUAUACCACGAUUAUAAAAGGUUUGUGUAAGAUUGGUGAAACCCCUGUUGCUGUUGGAUUGCUCAAGAAAAUGGACAAUGCAGGUUGCCAACCGAAUGUUGUCACAUACAGUACGCUUAUUGAUAGCCUUUGCAAGGAUAGACUAGUCAAAGAGGCUUUAGAUAUCUUCUCUGAAAUGAAAAGUAAAGGGAUUCAACCGAAUGUUGUCACUUACAAUUCCUUGAUGCAUGGUCUAUGCAAUUCAGACCAGCAGGAAGAGGCGUCAGCAUUGUUCAAUGAAAUGAUGAGUUUCAACAUCUUGCCAGAUGUAGUUACCUUCAACAUUUUGGUCGAUACAUUUUGUAAAAAGGGCAAGAUUUCAGAGGCUCAAGGAAUAGUCAAGACAAUGAUUGAGAAGGGUGUGGAGCCUAAUACAGUGACUUAUAGUUCGUUGAUGAAUGGAUAUCUUUUGCAAAACAGAGUUUUUGAAGCUAGAAAGGUAUUCAAUGCGAUGAUAACCAGGGGCUGUAUACCUGACGUUCUUAGUUACAACAUCUUAAUCAAUGGAUGCUGUAAGGCCCAGAGGAUAGAUGAGGCAAAACAAAUUUUUGAUGAAAUGAGUUUUCGAGGCUUAAUUCCAAACACCGCUACUUACAACACUCUUAUAAGUGGUUUGUCUCAAGCAGGGAGAAUUUUUGAAGCAAAAGAGCUUUUCAAGAAUAUGCAUGUCCAGGGCUGCAUGCCUAAUGUUCUUAGUUACAACAUCUUAAUCAAUGGAUCUUGUAAGGCCCUGAGGAUAGAUGAGGCAAAACAGCUUUUUGAUGAAAUGAGUUUUCGAGGCUUAAUUCCAAACACUGCCAGUUACAACACUCUUAUAAGUGGCUUGUUUCAAGUUGGGAGGAUUUUGGAAGCAAAAGAGCUUUUUAAGGAUAUGCAUGCCCAGGGCUGCUCCCCAGAUCUAGUAACUUACUCAAUUUUGCUUGAUGGCUUAAGCAAACAAGGUUGCCUUGAUCAGGCAUUGGAACUAUUUCAAGAAAUGCAAAACAAUUACUUGAACCCUGAUUUGGUGAUCUAUAAUAUCUUAAUUGAUGCCAUGUGCAAAUCUGGGAAGCUUGAAGAUGCAAGGGAGCUGUUUUUGAAACUCAUUGUCAAAGGAUUGCUGCCUGAUGUUCGAAGUUGGACCUCAAUAAUCAGUGGACUUUGCAGAGAAGGAUUGCUAGAUGAAGCAUACAAAGCUUUCAGACAAAUGGAAAGGGAUGGCUGCCCACCAGAUUGUUGCUCUUACAAUGUUAUUGUCCGAGGAUUUCUCCAGAGCAACAGUGCAUCAAGGGCUGAACAACUUUUUCAGGAAAUGUUUGAUAGAGGAUUCUCUGCAGAUGCCCUGACCAGAACCUUGGCGGCAGAUCUGUUGUCUAAAGAUGACAAUCUUGGUUUGAAGAGGUUGCUCGGUGAAUCUGAAUGUUGUCAAGGUGAAAAGAUUCUGGGAGUUAGACCAGUUUCAGAACUCAAAUUAAUGUGCUUUUUUCUACCAGGAAAUUAUCUCAAGUUCUACAAUGCCAUAAGAAGUGCCUAUCCCGACAUCAAAAUAAUCUCAAACUGUGAUGGGUCUUCUCGUUCUUUGGAUCACCCAGCUGAUUACUAUGAUUAUCAUGUUUAUACAUCUGCCAGCAACCUGUUUUCUAUGACUCAUAAGUUUGAUUGCACAUCCCGCAGUUGUCCAAAGGUGUGUCGUAUGCCUUUUGACAACAUACUGACUAAAAUAUGUGACAAAUAUUCAUGGGAUUUACUAUUUUUGAGGCUUCUGUGAGCAACGAUGCUGUGACUGGAAAAGAUGCGGGCACAGGAAGUCUUUUAGCUGCACUCGCUGAAGCCGGAUUCCUCAUUGGUCUAAAAAGGAACAGGUGGAAUCCAGAUGCAAUUGUCUUCAACUCAUCAAAGCACUAUGGA